AUGAAAGCUCGCGAAUAUAUCUAUAAGAAAGGAAAUGAAGACGAGAAUAUUCUUGUUGACGUGUACUGGUCAGAAUUAUCCUUCAAACCAAUUAUCUUCCAUGCCGGUGGUUUUGUUAAAUGGUCCAAAGAGGUCGUUCCAAAAUCCGAGAUCUCUACUCUGACAAAAUUAGGGUUCGUGGUAUUAACGCCAAACUACAGACUAUGUCCACAAAUACCUGUUUACAAUGGACCGAUCACGGAUUCUCGGGACUGUUUGGUGUGGGCAGCCAACGAAUUCCCUGGAUUGUUGCAAAAUGAGUCUAUGGAAGUAGAUCCGACUCAAAUUGUUACCAUGGGACAUUCUGCAGGUGGUACAUUGGCUUUACUGAUGGGAUGUACACCGGAAGUCCCAGUCACAGCGAUUCUUGACUUCUAUGGCCUCAAAUACUUUUCCAAUCCAAUGUGGCGACUACCUAUUCCCGAGUUUGAAAAAUCAUCCUCCUGGCCACAAAAGUACACCGACAAGAUCUACGAGGGGUACCAAGUUUCCGCAUCGGCGCGUUUCUUGGGGAGCGAUACUCUUCCUCCGAGGGAUGCAUGGUUCGCUACUUAUAUGAAACAGGGAACCUUGUUAGAUGAGAUAGUCAAGAAUGAAGAUAAGAGUUGUAUUGACGUUAAAAUGACCCACCAUCGUUAUAGUGAACGGGCUCAUGAAGAAUUGAAGGGGUUGGGGGUCGUUACAGAUCUGUUGCUGGCAGAUGGUGAGGAGCAUGUGUUUGACUUGACCUUGGAAGAAGAUGACGUGACCUUUGUUAAGUACGUCUUACAGGGUUGA